AUGGCUUGGAGACCAUCUUUCAGUGACGAUCCAUAUGGGAAAACGUACUUUGCAUCAGAUUUUCGUAGUUAUAUACCUAGUUCAGUUGCCUUCACCGGUGAAGUUCGUCGCCAUAAAUUUGAUUGUGAAUUAGCAGCCGCUGCUGCAGCUUAUUCUCGUGGGCCAACUUAUUCAGACUCCACAGUCGAUCAGUAUGCUCGAAACCUUUCAUCGAGAGACAAUUUUCAUUACUAUGGCAGUGCUGCAUCCAACUUUGGUCACGAUCGUUCAUCAGUCAAUCAAGUUUUACAAUCAAGAUAUUAUGAUAAACCAGUUGUUUUAAAUUCACAUGAGGCAUCACACAUUCGAGCGGGUGCUGACUGGUUAGCAGCUCAUAAAGAUGAAUUUAGCAACGGCUUUAUCAAAUCAGCAUCAUCAUUAUAUGAAAAUGUUUACGAUCAAGACGGACAUAAAGUGGUCGAUAGAAGAGCAUUUCGAUAG